AUGCGUGGAGGGCAGCAGGCUAACUGCUUGCGCAUCGUCCUCGUAGAAGGUCCUGACGGCAUACAUGUGAGCCAUAUUGUCUACCUUAGCACUUUUGAAGAGGCCCUAUGAUACUAUUGGAGGAGUGACCUCUAUAUCGUGUGCAGAAAGUCGAUGGAGUUAAACAUCUGGUGAGCGGACAUGUAUCUGAUGCGGGCGAGACAUUGUUCAUAGGUUAAGAUGCUAUUUUCAAGGGAACGUAACCAAGGACUGGGAAUUCUUCAAAGAAUUUCUGUUGCAUCUCAUAAAGUGCCACUGUUCCUUAUCAAGGCCAAAGAGGACCAACCGACCUCAGUGGCUAACACCACAUCCAGAAAAGAGGUCAGUUGCGCGUCCGACCUACAUGUGGACACAAAUAAAGUUUUGCGAUUCUUUAAUUCCUUGUAUUCAGUUAUCAAAGGAGAAGUGGAGUGCGUUCAACCUACUUACGGCUACCGAGAAGAUUGUUUUUCUUGAAGAAGCAAAUUUUUCAAAAAUGAAAAUUUUAAGGGAAGCAAAUUUCUUGAAUCGAAUGAGAUUUCAAUAAAAGUCCUCUUCGCAUUCAUCGCAUAACUGACUAACCCAUUAGCUGUUUUGCUUCGGAGACCUCCGGCGUAUUGAAAAACUACACACAUUAUACACAUCCGCGAAAGCGGUUGUUGUGCACAUCCGACUAAUGGCAGACCCGUCAACGUGGCCCAAACGCUCUGGUAAAAGAAACCGAUGAGUUAGUUGGAAGGUCGCAUCCUCCUAUCGACUGCCCAAUGCCGUCCUCAUAAAUGGAAUAUUGCUUGCAGUAAAAUAACUUUACAUGGUGCAAAGCUGGAGGGAGCACUUAACGCAAAGCACACUUAGCAUACCGUUUGCAGUGAUUGUGGAGAGGCCUUCGAUAGUUUCUCUCUUCAGCAAGUUGACAGUAAUUGCUAAAAGAGACAAACUUCAUCAAUGGAUCCAGAAUUUCCUAGUCUGUCGCUUCCAAGUUGACCUCAUAGGGCAACAACAAUCAUGGCAUGCAACCACAGGGAGUGGCUUUCCACAAGGUUUAAUACGGGAACUAAGCCUUUUUUUCGUGUUACUUUUUGACAGCAUGUAAUAAUUUGACUGUGAGUAGGUCACGUUUUUGAAUGGCAUUAAGAUAUGAAAAAUCAAAUACUAACAAUAAUAAUAAUAAUGUAGUGUAUUUUAGGGUAAUAGGCAAUGCCCUUGAUGAUCCUAUUGAAAACGGUGCAUUCAAUAUAAAUUUUAAUUGCAUAUCGUACUAAACUUUGUCAGUAGCAUAUUUGUUUACGGAAAACGUUUUACAGUGCGGGACUGCAAAGUGUGCGGCAGGCAGUCUUUUCACUGUACAUAUGAAAUUUUAAGUGCAAUUAUAUACAAUCAGCACAUUAGCAUCUGCGGCAAGGGCAUUCCAUGGUUUGACCACUCGAACAGAGAAGGAGAACUUCCGCACACCCAGCCUCGCCUGCUGAGUGCGUAGUUUUAGCGGGUGAUCUCAGAAGUUGGUCGUGGUAGCAAAUUCAAAAAAAAUCCUCGAAAGCCAGACUGCAAUCCAACCCCUUUACCAUGCGGAAUGCCUGCAAGAGAUUCCGCUGAGUUUCCUGUAACUCAAAGGGAAGAGGUUCCGAUUUACUAGGCGGGUUGUCUAAGGAAAGGAGCUUUGACCCCUAACCAUCUUCGUGGCCCUCAUUUGAACGCUUUCGAGGCAAUUUCGAUCCUCAACCGCCCACGGUCUCCAGCCUUGUAUGCCAUACGCCAAAUCCUGCCGGACAAAUGUUCCGAAUGUCUUUCAGAAAGCAUCUUCAUAAAAAUCCACAAACGCACGCUUGAUGGUGUAUAGUACGGACAUAGCGCUUUUUGCCGUUCUCGAACAAUAGGCGAAUGGUUUUAGGGAACUCGUCGUCAGCACAUCGAGGUCCUUUUGGGCUUCGACCUCUUGUAGGGCUGCACCGUCCAGAAAGUAGUCUCUUGUGCUGGCCCAUCUGGCUGUGUUGCCUAGACGAGGAAUGCUGCAUUUACCAACUUGGAACCGCAGGACCCAAUGGCUGGACCACUCCUCCAACCGAUUUAGGUUCACCUGGAGUCUGUGUUCGUCGGCAGGGUCCUGAAUUACACUCCAUAUCUUAAUUUCAUCGGCAAACAUUGCUGCUUCGCAGUUUAAAGCUCUUGCGGCAUCGUCCACCUAUAUAAGGAACAAGAUGGGUUCCAAUAUUGAACCCUGGGGGAUACACUCCCGACCUUAGCAGGCUCUGAUUUCCCUUGACCGAUGCACACGGCCUGGUGUCGCCCCACAAGGAAGUUUUCGAUCCAUCUGAGGAAGUUGCCACCCAUCCCCGUUUUUUUAAUUUUAUGUAACAGCCUCUGGUGUACCACAGCGUCAAACGUCUUCUAGAAGUCGAUUAAGGCUAUGUGGACCGCGUGCCUAUCGUCGAAAGCUCGGACCCAGCUCUGAAGAGAUUGCAGCAAGUUUGUCGUGCAGGAUCUUCCUCUCCGGAGCCCAUACUGGCAUUUCGAUAGCAGGCCGUGAAAUGCAUCAGCUCAUUCUUUAGGAUCCUUUUCAUAACUUUGCAGAGGAUACAUGUCAGGUUUAUGGGCCUGUAGUUUUUCGUCGAUGCCCUGCUACCUCCUUUGUGUAGCGGAGUAAUAUGUGCCAGCUUCAAAUCGAUAGAAAGUGUUCCACUGCCAAAUGACGUUUGGAAGAGCCUCGACAAAGGCACAGAAAGCUCACUGACAAGUCCUUUGAGAAGCUUGGGUGUGAUCUCGUCUGGUCCUGGCGACUUCGAAUCGUUCAAUGCCUCUAAUUCUCUUCAGAUAAUGCCUUCUGAGAAGAGUAUAUCACCGACUCUUGGGAUCGAUAGUUCUUCUGUGGAGGGAGGAAGGAACCUUGCCUCGUUUGUGUAGACUGAUUGGAAGAAAUGUGAAAAAUACGCAGCUUUAUCCCUACUGUCAGCUAUCUUAACGCCAUUAGUAGUCCUUAUUAAAGGGAUUUGAUGCCUGUUCCUUGUACUUCGUCGGAGGUAGCUGUAGAGUAAUUUUGGGUUCUGUGAUGCUUUUUGUAGCAAUUUCUUCUCCAAUUCUCGCCGCAUUUUUAUAAUCAUCUUACUCAGUUUCUUCCUCUGUGUCUCGUAGGUGUUGAAAUAUUAAAUUUGCCCAAUGGCGCAGUAUUUUCUCCAUAAUUUAUGCUUCCCGUUGAUUGCUUUCUUAAGAUUUAUAUUUAGCCACCCAGGACGUGUGUCCAGUUUUGCGCUAGUCAGUGGGCAGUAGUUGUUGAUGAGCUGCAGAAGACAUUCUUGAACAGACCCCAGUCAUCGUUGGCAUUACCCGUAAACAAUGAGCCCCAGUCAAGACCGGAUAAGGUUGCCCUCAAUUCAUUGAAGUCGCCCCGCCAAGCAUUGCCUCUUUUUUUGUCUGGAGUAUGCGAAUUGGAGAAUAAUCCCAUAUAAGGGCUAUAUGGUCACUUCGGCCAAGGGCGGCAUGGAGGUGAUCUCGUCUAUGCUGUCUGGUGUUUUCGUAAAAACCAGACCCAGGCAGUUUGCCCUUUGUCCUUCACGUGUUCUCGUUGGAAACAUUACAUGUUGUGUGAAGGUUGCCUUUAAUGUUUUGUUCAGCAGACGGUAAUCGAAUGCCGAUUUUGGACCUGAUGCUUGGAGGGUGUUCCAGUUUGUUUCUGAUGCGUUGAAGUCGCCCAUGAGCAUGGUGUUAGUUCGACUGCAAAAUUUAUCCAACUGCUCCAAUAGUUGAGUGUCGGUGAUGCGGUCUGUUCUAGGUGGUCGGUAGACAGUGAGGGCAUCGAGACACGGGGAAGCAGUGGCCUUGAUGGUCAACCAAAUAGCUCCCGUGCCGCACACAAUCUAAGUGGUGUUUUCCGACGCUGCCAGACCCUCAUUCACAUACCCAAAUAUACCACCACCCUCACGAUGUUCCCUGUCCCUCCGAUAAAUUUGGUAUACAAGAAAGGCUAUUUCGCUAUCGCUAAUAUUACCGGACAGCCAGGUCUCGGUUACUGCUAAAACAUCUGGAGACAGAUCGGCAAGACAAAGUUUUGGCUCGUCUAGUUUCGAUAUGAGGCUUUGGGCAUUUGUGUGCCCUGCCAACACCUGGCCGCACCUUUUCGGUGUGGCCAGGUGUGGCCAAGCGCGACCAUGGCCAAGCCAAAUUUGAAGAAAUUUUGGAGGACCGCCCAAUCGUGUAGGUGACCACUUCUGCAUUGCAAAGUGCUAAAUUAGUCAAGAUAUAUCCUAUAUCACUCAUAAAGUACCACGAAUCUUCAUAUUGUGAGCAGUGGUUAUGUCUCGCAAUUAGCUGAUUAAGGUGCUUUGUUUAAGUGGGCCAAUGCGACGCUCGUAACGAGCACGUCAGUUUUGCAUCAGUCGAAGUUCCGGUUGCAUUUGUCCCUGUUGUGAGCAUUACUGCGCUAUCUCGGACGCCAUUUUCUCUGAGAUCUUCCGUUACGUGAUAAGUUCCGUUAAUGUCCGUUGAUCGUUGUCAGUGACUCAGUGGUUAGGGUGCAGAGUUUCUAGCCAAAAGAUGGCGCGACCGAGCCCCAGGUGUUCCACAUUUUGGGGUUGCGUAUGACUGGCUGACGAUGGCUAAUAAAUCAGAAAUGGCCACUCCAGUCUUCUUUAUUUUUGUCGUUAAUGUUAUUCUGUCUAUAGCACGCACCGCCGUGAGACUGCUAGUUGGUCUCGAGAGAGAGGGUGAGAGAGAAAGCCCCUAAGUACAACGGGACGAGUGAGUUCCGUAGCACGUUCGGUGAACGCCCCCUGUAAUUUUACCCUUAUUGUGUGUUUUUGCGCACCAUAUUUCCGUCGUAAUUACGCACGUUCAUAAAGCUCAGUUAAUAUUAUAUAUCCCUAUUUUUUGAAUACAAAACUACUCUUUUGAGUGUAAGUGCUCAUGCUACACUGCUCCCGAUUGAUGCACCAACCAUACUGUCGCCAACCGUACUCUUCUAGAUAUCUGUCAAAUCUGCUAUUUUUUAGCUUGAGUUCCAUACUAUUAAAGAGGACAAGAUACGAAGGAGUUGUUGGUCAGUAAAAAAACGUGUAUUUUGCUCUGACAGACAUCAGAGAAUCCUCGGCCUUGGACAGUACAAUUUGGGUUUGUGAAUCCUAUCCUGGUCGCCAGGUUGCAGAACAUGUUUAUUGUAUUGUGCUCUGUGGCCUUAUGUAAAAACCUUUCAGGCAGCCUCAUAGUGCGAUGGUUCGCUCCCGAAAUCGCCAUCGCGGCCGAUUGCUAAUGUCACAUUUCUUUAUCGUACACACCUCCUCUGGAGAUGCCGGGAUGUACCGGGCAAUCAUUUCCCUUAUCUUCAACUUCCUCAAUUUCUUCUGCGCUUUUCCUCUUACACUUAAGUCCUGACAUUACAAAACUUGCCCAUCAUGCGACAUCUCUCCAAAGACAGUCAAAAUCUUUUUCAUUCCGGAGCUAGCCUCGUAUGUCCUGUCUAAUGUAUUUACGAGGACAAGGGAUAUGGUAUAAGCCAUUUGUGGACCAUUACCCCUCGUCAUCGACCAUACCCAACCGCAGGACGGGAUUAUAUAAUAUUUGAACACGGGUACUUUGGUCAUUGAGCAUCAAGCAGUCAGAUUCAGCUCAGUCCAGCGUAUUUGAUGGAAAUAGGCUUACGCCUCUUAAACUCCCUAUUCGUCACAAAAAGAUCGGAAUAAUUUGCAGCAAUUUAAAAAAAUUACAGCGUCAAGUGUACGUAGACUUAGAUUUACAUAGCUCAUAGUCGCAUAAUCCGCUUGUUGCAGCAGCAUGUGUCUGUCAAGUCGAUGUUUGAAUGCCUUCAUAGACGAAGACCUUGCAAUCGUCUCAGCAGGUUGUUCCACAGUUCCACGACACGGUUAGAGAAAAAAUCCUUUCUCACAAAUAAUCCUUCCUGCGGCACACGUAGUUUGAAGGGAUGUCCCUGGGGGUUAAUUGUUGUGGCGAGCUGGAAAAUGUCAUCACAUAGGAGAACACAGCUAAAGCCACACACGAUACGAAACUUUAUAUCUAAACUACGCGCAAAUGUCUAUAAUUCCGGAGGUAGACAUUAAGACUACUUAGGCGGAUCUCGUAAGGCAUAUGCGGUAGGUAUAUAAUCCUCUCUAUCAAUACUGGCAGAAGAGCGAGUCCGUAGCUAAAUGUUAGUGGAUUGUACUACUUAACGUUAAAUAAACAAAAGAGUUGGGUUAAGAUUCCAGGUCAUGCAAGCCCGAGAUUAGGUAUGGCUGAUUGCCGACUGCGACUAAUAUGCCUGAAGUGGCCUUUCCGGUUCCACUUCUCUUUCUCGACACUCACACCUGGGAAAAGAAAAAGGAUAUAUCGAGGAAAUUUUGGCGUCCAAAAAUUACGGCUAUGCGUGGGAAGACAGGCAUUGCUAAAUUCGUCUUGUCAAUUACUGUGUGCAGAGGGUUACCAACCUAUGAUAUGACAUAUUUCUGUCUAACCCUAAACCCAAACAAACUGCUCAUAAAAAAGUCAAAACGAACAUUCCAAGAGGCGUUAUAGUAAAAGAUUUAGAAUUAAAAUGUCACUAAGGUGCCUAGAUUUAGAGGAGCACCUAAGCAAAUUGAAAAAAGGAUUGAAAUGUCUGUACAAUUUUACUGAAUAGAGGCUUAGGCGGAAAAGACGAAGUGAGGGUGUGUCGCAGCGCUACUCUAGCCCAGGUAGUUGAAGUCGCCUUUUUAUCAUAUUUUCCCUGUUCACGGUCAGUACCUAGACCCAAAAGUCAUUCCACCAGCCAACGACAUUCCAAGGGCAAUCCCAUCAUUUAUUAAUUCCUUCCCUUUUUCGCUGUCGGCUGCUCUUCACGUGACUUUGCUAACAUGUUAGGGGAUGCAUUCCCUUUGUUUACCAUUGUCUUCCCAUUUCGAUCAUUAUAUUAUUCGAUACCUUUUUGUUAUUUUGCCUUAUCAUCAUACCAUCUUAUUACCUCGGACGUUGUAGUUCUACUGUGUUUUUUAAAACGUGUGUGUGUGUAAUUUCUCUGACACCUACCAUGGGAUUGUAGUGACCGCAUUUGCGGGCCCGGUCUUUGAACUGCUGUAGCGGCCAAAGACGUCAAGGGUAGCACACAUCGGAAUAAGGAAACGCCGAGAAGAGAUCCUGACGGAGGUAGACCUGAACAGAACUGUUAACAUCUCUCGAAACUCGUUCACACGCAGAAGAAGAGAGUACGUCGAGUAUGGAUAUAGUGUAAUGGAACAACUGAUAUGAAGAAUGUAUAUAACAAAUGUUAAUGUACACGAGCAACGAGGAACAGCAAGUGGGUGACCUGUCUGGAUGGAUAGACGACCCUGCGAUACAAGCUAAACAGCCGGUGGGGAUGCAGCGCUGUAGGCAACUGCAGGGAAGGGCCGGGGGGAGCCGACGUUGAGUGAGAGAGCGAGAGAGAAUCGAGAGCGACGGUUCGUUGCGGGAGGGGGGUCGUCGGUAGCGAGGGGAAGGGACACCGGCCGUCUUCGCCAGCACGCAGUUACGCCAUCUCCAUCUCAGGUCCGCACGCCAAAAGUGUUCACACAUUCAAACAAUUCUGUUCGCGCCGAGGGACGUUACACUGCUGCCAGUACCAACAGUUAAUCGUACUGUUUGACACGCGGGAAGAGAGGGCUCCAGGCUGAGUAUGUGACGUUGAGCCUGGAAGUUUCUGGGUUCAUCGUGAGUGUCCCGAUGUGGAAGCAGGGCAAAUUCAAAUAUUCUCACAUUUUUGAGGUCUGUGGCCGGACCCGUGGGAUGUCGAAUGCGAGACUCUCGUCUGACAUCUGAGCGGAGGUCACCCACGGACCGAAGGAAGACUUGCUCGGAGACCUGAGAGUGGGCAGAGUCUGCUGCCGAGGUUGAAGAGCACGUCAAGGUAAAGACCGGCAUUCUCUCUGAGUUCUUGUUUGCGGAGCCAAAUUUGGUUGUGCAGAACGAUUGAUAGUUCAUGGGUGCCAAAAAAAGCUUUCCAAGGACGCCCAUAGGUGCCGAAAGUCUUGGGGGUUGUGUAAAAUGAUAGGUGAAGCGAUGUUUGUUCUAGGAGUCCCACGAGAUAAUUCAUUCAAUGCCCAGUGGCAAGUGCACCAGAUAGCGCUAAGUCUAAGUCUACAAGUCAAAAAACGAUUACCGACUUCGUAUGUCGAGUGUCUAAGGGACUUGGGCCGUUGAAGAUGGCUAAGUGGAGGGUUUGUCUAAAGCUGCAGAGUCGGUCGAUAGUGGGGGGAGCGAUCGCCUGAGGUGGACCGAGCACGAGGCAUCACUGAAAGGAACAGUCUAGGUAGUGUGCGAGUAUAGCGGAGCUAGGUGUACUGGAGAAGAGGGAGGAAUAGGAGCAAUGGGAAAAAAGAAGAAAUAAAGGGGAAGAGAAUGUUAACAAAGUCACUGGGAACGCUGCCAACUGCGAAGGGAGUGACUGGAUGAAGGGAUUCCCGUGAGACCAUAAGCCUUCAUUGGUCCAAGGCUCGGCUUAGCCGUGGUUCGUCGCACAGUGGUUGCAGCCAAGUUGGUUUAGGAGUCUUCCAUUUAACCUGGAUUCGUAGAUGCAAGUCCCCACCCAUUCAAACGGCAGACCAUUUAAAUCCCACGUGAUUGUGCUGAAUGGCAAGCGAAGUCCAUCUAACGGCUGGAAACGUUCGUCACAUCGCAGUACCGCCACCAUUUUGGCACUUAUAAAUGAAUGGUUUUCAUGAUCGGUGCCCAUCGACGCCUGAGGAUAUCACCGCUACACGAUCCAUGGCUGCUCGCUCAUCAAACCCGAGAGUCUGUUUAUUUCACAGUUUAUCUUUGCUAAACGCCGUUCCAUUGUUCUAAACCUAUGGACGCACCAGGUAAUCUUCAGAUAGCCUAGCGGCCAUGUCCCGCCGUUUCGUGGUUCCUAUCCUCCCAGGUGGCUAGACUGCAUGAACGGCACGAAUAACGUAUGCAUCCGAGUCCUGGCCAAGGCCGCAUUACCUUACACGGUAUUCAUGGAACUUUGUGAGACUAAAUGUCGUGUCUUGACAAUUGGCCUGUGUAUCUACCUGAAAGACAUAAUAACAAUUUUUGGACUCGGGCGCAUAUGCAUUUAAUCAAAUAUUUCUCUGCACGUCAUGAUCAAGUCCUAUUAUCGCUCCACCACGGCUCGAGUCUUGGUCCACAACAAUCUUUCCCAACCGUAUGCUAUUCGGUCUGGCGUUCGCCAGGGUUGUAUCCUGUCGCCCAUUCUGUUCAACUGCGCCAUUGACUGGAUUUUCGGGAGGGCCCCACACGAAUGUGACGGUGUUGAAUUUGCAUCCGGACACCGACUGACUGAUCUCGAGUAUGCCAAGAUAUUGCCUUACUUUCUUCAAGUUUUGGUGAUUUGCAGUCUAUGGUAUCACGGGUGAAUGAGGUCGCUAAAUCGGUCGGUUUUUCCAUAAACGCUGGAAAGACCAAAAUGUUGUCAAGCUGCAUCAUGACCAAGAGAGGGCAUCCCUCGAGACUGAUGGCUGUCAACUCCGAGAAAUAGACAGUUUUUAAUACCUCGGGGCGAGGCUGCUGCCGAAUGGCCAGAGUAAGGAUGACACUGUCUCCCAAAUCGAUGCUGCCCGACGGGUUUUCUCAAGCCUUGGAAAAUGCCUAUGGAUCCGACGCGACCUCUACACCGCCACUAAGAUUCGCGUGUACCGUGCGUCUGUCCGGUCUGUCUUUCUUUAUUGUUGUGAUUGCUGGGCUGUGCGCGUGGAGGACGAGCAGAAACUGGAGGUAUUUGACCACCACUGCUUGAGGACCGUCCUUCGAGUGAAGUACACCGACUUCGUCUCAAAUGAGACAGUCCGCGCCCGCUACAACAACACCGCAAGGAUAACCCAGGCCAUCCAAGAAAGACGACUGAAGUGGUUUGGACAUGCUCUUUGUCGUCCAAUUCAGGAGCUCAGUGUUACUGCCCUCGAUCCGGCACCGUUGCCCCAUUGGAGGCGUCGAAGACGGGGUCAGGGGGGUUCGUCAAUACAUGGCGGUGGUUCAUGGAUCUUCGGUAUUCGGUCUCGGUCGUUGGCGAAGAGAAUGUGUGGAACUGUCCAGACCUGCUGCCGCGGAUCGUAACGCGUGGAUAGGUACAGUUCGGGACAUCAUUGAGGCCGGCUAGAUCAGGCACGAUCGCAGCUGUACCAAGUACAAGUUCUCUGCAAGUUGACGCCUACUCCAAGAAUACUGUGCGUAACAAUAGAGCGCUCUAAAUUGACUUGGUCAGCCAGCCAUAUUUCGUCGGUUGCUUUAUCCAGCCAACCAUGACUGAAGCUCGUAAAAGACUGUAUAUCCAAACGAGGCUCCGUUGGAACGGAAGAAAAAAAAACUGUUUCUUUGUAUUUACCAAAUAUACGGAAAUUUGCUUAACGGAGUACUAUCUGUACAUCUGCCAGCCUUUGGACGUAAGAUUAAACACCUGUCCCUAAACUAGUUUUUCCGGACCAACAAUAACUUUUCUUCGUUUAACAGACCUUUCGAUGUAGAGACAGUCUGAAUAACAGCGCUUCUUAACCAAAUUCCUACCUGUCGGCGGCAAUAUUUAUGUUAGGCCUAUCGCUUGCUUCGUUUGCAUUUCUCCUCAAACACUUAGCUCACAAAAAUCAUGUCACAUGUCACUUUUUGCCUAUUUUGUGAAUGCUUUUGAUAUUCAGUCCACACUGUUCGUUUUUUUGUCGAAACUGGUGCCAAUCGUCACCAGUAUAUAGUUUUUACCAAUAUAAUAAAACUAAGCGACACCAUAGAGUGGCACGCAGAUGACCUUGAUUUCCUCCUCGGCGCAGUCCGGAGACAUGUUUUCUACGCCUAACUGCAGAUACUAUGCCCAUUUUUCCUGUCAACCUUGAAUUUUCAAUGCUUUUGUUCGGGUUUACCUCUUUAAGCAAUGGCCGCUUUGCUGGCCAACUAUCUACGUCGCCAAUCAUUGUUCAUGCAGUUUUCGGAAAUAUGUAAUGUGCGGCUAUUGAGUUCGGACAAGAAGUCACGCCCUCCUCGUCCUAAGUCCCAGUCUUUCGAAGAAAGACGGAGGCUCCAGAAGGGUGCCUCCAAACAAACAGGUGCCAUCCCAACCAGGUAAUUUUCCUCUUCUCAUAUAUCCUGCGUCUUCGAAGCGAGCUGCUGAAGGAUUUCCUCCAGUCCCCGCGUGUAGAGCCAGUCCCACCCCAAACGGCUCAACGUUCGAAGUCAAAAACAGAACCAGAAUCGACAGCCACCACACCCUCCGAGACCGGGCGUCAUGCCAGGCCUGUGCUGGAAAACGUCAUAAAGUCGAAGUAGGCUCUUCCUUUCCACCUUACAAACGUUAGAGACCUCUUGAAGGACUUCUUAGACGCGAAGGGCAGGCCUGAUCGGAGGUUGGUUCGCCAACGACCGUCUACAAAGGGUUCUGUUGUAGAAGAGAACUUUCGCUCAAGGCACACCGAAGCGUAAGUUUUCUUUUAUUGUCCUCACAUGCUUCCUCUAGUCUUCCUCAGCCCGAACAACUUAGCAUCUUUGACGAAUUACCCUUCCCCGGAAACGGUUCGUGCUGUUUUCCUACUUGUUGGUUGUGCUUUCAGCAUAUAGCACAUCAUGUCAAAUCAAAUAUGUUAUUUUGUUCAUCCGAUGUAUCUAUCAACUGAUUAGUCGCCUAUUAUAUUACUUUGUGUCUGCGUUAUAUUAGAUGUACUGACUGCAUUGAUAUAGGCUCAAAAUUCGCGCUGAUCUUACUAUAUACAGAUGUUGAAUAAUGAAAAAGCUUGGCAACGUUGUUCACCUUCUGGGUAUUUCACGAUGAUCUGCACUCCAGGUCCAAGUCUAGCGAAAAUUUCAAAAUAAAGCAGGGCUACGUCUACUGUCCUUGGUUCAGGACGACUUCUGUAGUAAUUCGUACUCAUUCUAGGGCGGAAAUAGGAAUCUCCUACCUCCUCUUCUAAUGGAUAGUGUCAGGAACGAUUAUGAGUGAUUGUAGGGUAAAUUUUUGUCAGUAUACGCCUACAAAUCUUCCGAGAUUUUCAGUAAAUGUUUGAGGGCAUAUGUUUGCUUUUCCGUCCACUGCUGCGGUCGCAGACGAUCAGCCAAAAAGAAGAGACACCAUAUACUAGCCUUAUUUUCUACUCUACCCCAGCCCUCUUACCAACUAUCUUAUAACCCUUUAGAAACCCAGACAGUGGAUGCUGGCGAAGCUGUGUAUAACAAUGCAGUGUUUGACGAGGUCGAGGCUUUGGAAGCGUCCACGUAUCGGGCAAAGAACACGACAAAUAAAUUUGAAGAGUUGAUGCAGUGGACCCUUGAUGGGAAGUUGUGGCGAUACCCGAUUGACAACGAACAAGGUAUGACUCCUUCUAGGCUUCUUUCAUAGUCUCCGGAUGUACUGUUAAUUUCUGCUGCUCCUCAUUUCGUGCCAAAUUACGAUUCUCAAGUUGAGCUAACGGAGGAUGGGACACAUGGAUAUUUCCCGAUUUCCAUUUUUCAUAAUGAUCAGGGACUUUAUUUGUCUAGUAGGGUUGCAUGCCUGUGAGUAUCUAGCUGGGUACCUUUGUGGAAUCUUAAGCGCGUUCUUUUGUCUCGUAGUACCUCACCUGACAGUUGUUAUAUGGUCACUUCACAAAAACACGCUGUGGGCGGCUUCAUUGUGUACCUUGAUUGCUCAGUCAGCCUUAAGUAGUGUUCAGCAAUCAUCCUUUCAUCUGGUGAGCGUCACCUAUUCUAUCCUGCUGGUCGUUGUCCUGUUUCCGAUGCUACAUCCUCGCCUACGGAUGUUCGUCGUUGAGACCAGCCAGGAGCUGGACACUUGAUUAUAGACGUUUGUCUGAAAAGCACAGCAGCAGGAAGUAAAUGUACGCUGUUGGAAAAGUGAACGGUGUAUAAUCAUAUUGCGGUCCCGCCUCCGCUUUUAUCUUGGCAUGGUGUCUGGACGCUUUCAACCUACCGUAUGAUGGGGUCUUAGCUGCGCUAGCCGAUGAACGACUGCACCCCCCCCCUUCCGGGAAGACGGGACGUUUGGCAAACCAUGUGAAUUUUGUAGCCCAACCAGUUACCCUUGUUCCCCGUCCAAGCAGGCACCAUCACGUGAAGGUCUUCGGCGGACGUCUUUGGGGUACGCAAACAACACAACUCGGCCAUCUAAGGUUCUUUUUAGCAUAAUCUUAUUUGUUUAGGCGUCUAUAUGGCUUUCUGCAGAAUAUGUAGUCGCACCAAACGAAAGUCUACGGCCCCAUGAGAGCCCUGGUUUGUUAAAUGAGGCAGUUUAGUGGCUGACGGUGGGGACAGUUAUUAUUUUGAACCAUCUUGCUUGAAAAAUUGCAACUAUGUCGAGGUUUCUUGAACCGCCACAGGUGACACCUUUUGCUCCAUUACGAUGUCUGCGAACACCGCAAACUGCGAGGCUCCUUAGGCGUUUUGCGUGAAGGUGUCAGACUCAAUUUCCAUAACUAGCGCAGAUUACCUAACUUCGACCGGGCGGUCUGAGGUAGUGGCUGGAUGGAGGACUACGGGAAAUCGACAGCCGUUCACAACUUGACAAUAUUGCGAGUCUAUCGCACCCAUUUUUGUUUCUUAUCUUAAUUGUCCGGACGAUGACGAGGAUGUGGAUGUUAGCACGCUAACCAACGUUCAUGUCUCAGCACUGCAGAGUAGGGUUCGGGAAUAUUUCUCACUUUAACUCAUUACUGGGUAUUACGCUCGCUUUGCAUAAUGUAGGACAUUUUUCGAUGCCAGAAACACGGAGGCCCUGGCCACAAUCCUGUUUGGACGCAUUGAUCUCCUAUGGCAUGCAAACACGCUUUUGCUGUUUGGCAAGGAUUGCAUCGACCGGGUACUCACCCCAUCCCGGAUUUUAAAAUGUGGCGUUCUUAGCAAACGGUUGUCAUUCCCCUCCUCGAUUUCGUCGGCACAUUAGACUCUUAGAUUUUUCUAAAUUGCCAGUAUAUUUUAAUGUUCUAGAUUUCAUCCAUGUCACCCAGAAGAACUGCCUCUAGUUCUGCUGAAUUUCAAAUACUCCACCGCAGUUAAUCAUUCUACUUUACAAGUGUGGAAAGUCCUUAACGGACCCCCAGAGGUGAAGUUUCACCUUCGUUCGCGGGGGUUGCACUAAAUGUUCGUUUCCUCAGAGGUUCAGCCACGCCUCCCGCCGUUCCCCAGGUCGAACUGAUCCGUCACCAUCCCUCCGAAUUCGCUCUACCACCGUAGCGUUCAGAGGCAACAGCGUACGAACGUCCUAGUCAAAGUUCUGGAUUAUACCGAACCUAAGCGUGUUUGCCUUUCGUGAAUGACCGAUUAUCUGAGAGCUAGCAUCUAACUUUUAAGUACGGCCCUUUUCAGUGACGAUGCUGACAUUACAGCUCGUGGAUACGGUCAUGCUAGUAGCUGAUGCGGAUGUAGGAGCGAUGUGCUGCAAGUUUUAGGGCUUCCUACAGUAGUACUCUUGAACGUGAUCGAACGUUUCCUGACCACAAACUAAUCCCCCCCUCCCCACUUCGUACUUUAUUGAGCACGUUUUCGCCUCUUUCUCUGCCCAUUAUCUCCCAACGCUGACUUUACUUCUCAUUCAGACUGGGACACAGAACAUGGCACCGGUUUUGAGGACCAUGUCUUCCUUAACCGCUUCUUGGACCGUACAUCGAAAAAGCCUGCGCCGUUGACCGCCUUCAUGGAAUUGGUUUGUACUGGACUGGCACAAAACCCUUACCUCGACAGCAGCCAGAAGAGGCAGCAUCUGGAGUGGUUCGAGGGAUAUUUUAAGACCAAGGCCGCACAGAUAGAGGCGGCUGUGCGGGAGGAAAAGCGGUUGGCCGAACUGGAGGCCAGAGCAAAGGCCACUACUUAG